ACUUUAAACGUGAUCGGUUUCUGGCUUGAGUAUUGACAAUUGAAAUCACGCAAAUUAUUUUAAAUUAAAAUAACAAGAUAAAAUGCAACAACCGAGGGAUGGGAGGAAAGUAUGUUUAAUAAGGAUCAAUUUGUGGGUUGGUGAGGUUCCUAAGUAAACCUACUACCUUGGUAUGCGUUGUGCAUUAAUUUAAAAAAUAUGGAGUCCAAUUUAACUAAUAAAAACUCCGCUAUUUAGAAUAAUAAAACAUCUAUUUAUUUUCUACUGAUCAGAAAGAUAUUGAGAGGAAGAAUGAGUAGUAGUGGUGAAGAAGGAAAGGUUGUGUGUGUGACUGGUGCUUCUGGUUAUAUUGCUUCAUGGAUUGUUAAGUUUCUUCUCCAACGUGGUUACACUGUUAGAGCCACUGUUCGUAAUAUAAGUAAUCCAAAUAAGGUUGAUCACUUGGUUAAACUUGAUGGUGCAAAGGAAAGGUUGCAACUCUUUAAGGCGGAUCUAUUAGAAGAAGGUUCAUUUGAUUCUGUUAUUCACGGCUGUCAUGGUGUCUUUCAUACUGCUUCACCGGUUCAUUUCGUUGUUGAUGACCCUCAGACACAAUUGAUAGAUCCUGCUGUGAAGGGAACUCUUAAUGUUUUAAAUUCAUGCGCGAAAUCGGGAUCAGUUAAACGAGUUGUUUUAACUUCUUCUAUUGCCGCGGCUUUAUACACCGGAAAGCCUAGAAAACCAGAAAUUGUAGUUGAUGAGACAUGGUUUUCAGAUCCACAGUUCUUAUUGGAAAAUAAGAUGUGGUAUCAAUUUGCAAAGACUUCAGCAGAAGAAGCUGCAAACAAAUUUCUAACAGAAAACAAUAUUGACUAUGUUGUUAUGAAUCCAGCUGUGGUGAUAGGGCCUCUCUUGCAACCAGAACUUAACGAUAGUUCCGCUUUAAUUCUUAACUUAAUAAAUGGUUCAGAAACAUUUUUGAAUGUCGCUUUUGGAUGGAUCAAUGUGAAGGAUGUUGCAAAUGCGCAUAUUCAAGCAUAUGAGGAUUCUUCGGCUAGUGGAAGAUAUUGUUUGGUUGAAAGAGUGAUACAUUUCUCUGAACUUACUAAGAUUUUACGUGAUAUGUAUCCAACAUUGCAAAUUCCGAACAAGUGUGCAGAUGAUAAGCCUUUGAUGCAAACAUUUCAAGUUUCCAAAGAAAAGGCAAAGAAAUUGGGAGUUGAAUUUAUUCCCCUAGAAGUCAGCCUCAGAGAGAUAGUAGAAAGCUUAAAAGAGAGAAAGUUUGCUGACUUCUAAUUAAUGAUAUUUCAUUUCGAAAUAAAUAUUGAUAAUCAUAAUCACGUUUUGUAUUCAAGAACUCUGCUACAUAAGGAUGAGUUAUUUCUUAAUGUUAAAUAAGGUUUAGUAAUGGAUCAAACCAAGUCAGUUCAAAUAUGCUUUUUAAACCUCACUUUGAUUUUCAAUUACAAUCACUAGUGCUAUAUAAUCAUAUAUAAUAAUUAAUCUGUUUUUGAUA